AUGACACAAACUAUCGCACUACCGCUGCCCGGCAUCGAGCAUGGCAAAAGAAUCCUCGCCUCUGUGGUUGAGACACGGGCACGAGAUGGACCAGGAAGUACGUGGGUGUCUGUGCCUAUUGACAAUGAAGACUUGUCGCGCGGAUUUAAGGAUGUCAGCUUCCAGAGGCUGAAUAACGCAGCGAACCAUGCCGCUCGGUGGCUGAGUGAACACCUGCCAGGAACAUCGGAGCCGUUUCAAUGUUUCGCUUAUACGGGACCUAAGGACUUUCGGUAUCCUGUUCUCGCUAUGCUACGGAUUCUCGAGAAGAACCAAGUUGAUGCAAUAUUGCGUGAGGCACCACAUGUUCAGGCUGUCGGGGUUCCAGAGUUAGACGAGUUUUUGCGGGAAGAUGAAGCUGUACCAUAUAAUUACGAUAAAACUUGGGACGAAGGAAAGGACGACCCCUGGCUUGUAUUUCACACAUCCGGCACGACACGUUAUCCGAAGCCCGUUACCUAUACUCAUAGCAUGAUGGCUGGUCCCGAUAUUGCCGCGUCACUGCCGGAUGUUGAGUUGGGGUAUAUCCACCAGUACGCCUGCCGAAGGUGGUAUACGCCAGUACCAUCACUGCAUUUCGUAGGGACUGUAAUGACACUCGCCAUACCGACCUUCUUGCACACCAUCACAGUCGUGGGUCCCCCGGUACCGCCAUCAGCAGAAGUAGUCAUGAAAACCAUCCGAUACAGCCACGUCGAAGGCGUCCUCCUACCACUGGCACUAAUCGACGAGCUCUGUCAAACUCCAUCUGGUCUGGAGGCUCUCCGCCAACUAAAAUAUGUCCAUUACGCAGGCCUUCCCACGUCCGUCUAUAUAGUCCCCUGCAUCGGCAGCACAGAAGCUGGUGGCUACUUCACCCAGAUUCACAAUCACCGCGACGCAUGGGGUUACAUCUCCUUCCAUGACUACGCGGGAGCGGUAUUCGAAAACCGCCUUAAUAACCUCUACGAACUAGUCUUCACUCGUCUCCCUGGGGACUCGCCACAACAGAUCUUCAAGUUAUAUCCAGGCCUCGACCGCUUUGAAACCAAGGAUCUCUGGGCAGAACAUCCGGUUCACAAGGGUCUCUGGAGGAUCAUCGGCCGCACUGAUGAUUACGUCUAA